CAACAUGGCAGUCAAAAAAGUCCCUGUCCUUCCCUACCGGAGGGGCUCGGAUUCCUCCGAGGCCGACUUUUUCGACAUCCCGGAUGAACCCUGCUGGUCCAUCAUCAAGCGCCAACUCCGCCACCUCAAGAGCCCGCGGGUCUGGCUCGCCUUCUUCGUCUUCGUUCUGUUCAUCCUCUUCCUACGACGCGAGAAACCCCCGCCGCCGCCCCUUCCCCAUAUCGACUAUGACCGCGUGGACUGGUCCCUCUACGCCUACAGUCAAUAUGCGACUUCCAGCCCAUACCUGUGCAAUGCGCUUAUCGUGUUCGAUACCCUGCAACGGCUCGGCAGCAGGGCGCAGCGGGUGCUGUUCUACCCCGAGAACUGGGAUGUGUUGGUGGAUGACGACCGUGACCGGGAUAGUCAAUUACUGGCCAUAGCCGCGGAGAAAUACAAUGUAUUGCUGGUGCCGAUUGACGUGCAGAUGGUCAAAGCUGGAGCAGGGCCGAACGAAUCGUGGGACAAGAGCAUCUCCAAGCUUCUCGCCUUUGGAGAGACCGAAUUCGAACGGGUCAUCCAUAUCGACUCCGACGUCACCGUUCUCCAGAACAUGGACGAACUGUUCUUCCUUCCUCCCUCGCAGGUCGCCAUGCCCCGCGCCUACUGGCAGCUCCCGGAUACCAGACAACUCUCGUCACUAUUGAUUGUGCUACAACCGUCCUUCAAAGAGUGGUAUGCGUUGAUGGAUUCCGCCCAUGCCAUUACGUAUGGCCAGGUCGAGUCGAACGUUAGUUCACGGGUCAAAUAUGAUAUGGAACUGAUGAACGAGCGGUACGGGGACACGGCCAUGGUCUUGCCGCAUCGGCAGUAUGGGCUGGUCACGGGCGAGUUCCGCAAGGACGACCACCGGGCGUUCUUGGGCAACGAAUACGAGGAGUGGGAUCCGGAAAAGGUGCUGGCGGAGGCAAAACUGGUGCAUUUCUCCGACUGGCCGUUGCCUAAGCCGUGGGUGAUGUGGCCGCAGGAAUUGAUCGCCGACAUGCUGCCUAAAUGCAAGGUCAAGCCGGGUACAGUGCAUGAAAGCGGGUGCAAAGACCGGGAGAUUUGGAAGAAACUCUACGAUGAUUUCCGACGGAGACGACGGGAUGUAUGCAAACUGCUCAGUUAUCCGGCCCCGAACUGGCCUCCGCGGGAGAAACCUCUGGCAGGUAUUCCAAUGACCCUGGAGUCUCCGGUUAGUGAAGUUUAGCGUGUGGAAUGGCGUUAUGGUUAUCUGGGUUGAGAUGUAAAAUGGAUAUACAAUAGGACUGUACAAUAGAAGAGACCGACAAUCGAUGGUUAUGCGAAGGCGCUACCAACCGAGCCAAGAAGCCAAGAGCGUCACACAUAAAAGGCGCAAAUUCUGCCACAAUCCAUUCCUGUUCACCAUGGACAUUUCGGAGAAGCAACUAACGGUGGUCCUGGCCCUUCCGGCUGGGGGAGAGGCCGAGUCCUCGCAGCAGUUUAUUCACGACGAACACUCGUUGGGGUUCUGGCCGGCCAUGCGACGGCACUGGCCGGCGGUGGCGUGGGCGGCGUUUAUGAACUUGGUAAGGCAUCCGCUGCUCGCAGAAACCAAUGUUAACAGAUAUAGGCAACUAUCCUCAAAGGCAUUGUAGGUUACUCCGAUCCGGUGAGACGCGGGCUGACAGACUAGGAU